GUCUACAAGGAAUUUUCCUAUUCAAAAGGAAGCUGAUGCACCACCUCCAGCACCUACUCCAAUAAAAAAAAAUGGCAGGUGCUCCUGCUGAAUAUCCUCCAGACCAAGGCAAAAAGGGUGGGAAAAAGAAAACUCUAGAAGAAGUGAAGAAAACUUCUAAGGUUGCUGGCAAAAGAAAAGCAGAUGUCAGUCCUGCCAAGAGAAAUGCUGGAAAGAGAAAAAAAAUACAAGAAGUACCAUCAGAUGAACCCUCUCAAGAUCCUACUGAUGAAAGUUCUACUGACAGUGAUGAUGAUAGUGAAGAGUCAGUUUAUAGAGCAGAAGAAGAGCCUGUCAGUGAGGAUGAUUAUGAGGUGGAGGAAGAGGAGGAAGAGGAAGAAGUAAAGCCAAGGAAGAAACAGGCAAAGAAAGGGAAUUCAGUGAAGGCAAAGGUUGAAAAGGAGGAGCAAAAGAUGGUACUGUAUGAUGAAGGAAAGAUUGAAGGUAGGAGAAAAAAGAAAAUGAAAACUGAAAUGGUUCAAGCAAUAGAAACUGAUGAAGUUGAGGAAAUUCAGGAAGAUGAAUUUGAGGAAGAGAAAUCUUCAAAGAGAGGAGGACAUGUGAAGUUCAUUGCAUGGAUAAAAAAGAUGACACCUACCCAAAAACAACAAAUUAUUGAUAUAGGGUUAGGAUCACUUCUUGACAUUAGUUUACCUCAACUUGAUCAAAAGUUCUGUAACUGGUUAUUGGGAAGUUUUGAAGAAAAUAGCCAGUGUUUUGAACUACCAAAGAAUGAAAAAAUAGAAAUUGAGGUAGAGGAUGUUAGGGUAGUUUAUGGCUUGCCUACAGGAGAAAUUCCAAUUGUUGAGCCAAAGUCUGAUAAAAUUAGUGAGGAGUAUGCAGAAUUUCUGAAGAAAUGGAGAAAAUCAUGGUCAGGAAAAACUCCAUCAGUGAGUCAGAUUGUGAAUGGAUACAUAAAUGAUAAAUUCACCAACAACAGACCACCAAGUGAACAUUUCAUUACUAACUUUUUAGCAGUGGCUGUGAACUGCUUGAUGAAAUGUGUAUCAAACAAUCAAUGCCAUUUCAAAUUUCUUUAUUCUAUGAUGGACAAAGAAAACAUAAAAAAUUUGAACUGGUGUCAGUUUGUAUAUGACUCACUUAUCAAAUGUCAUGUUGAUUGGAGAAAGCAGCAAGGCAAGGGGUUCUACAAAGGCCCUCUUCAAUUUCUGAUGUUGUUCUAUUUUGAUAGAGUUCAGAGGUUAGACAAAAGGCCUCCAAGAACAAUUCCUAUCAUAUCUGCAUGGAAUAGAGACAUGGUUCUUGAGAGGUUGAAGAUUGAAUUAGAAUUGGGAUUUGGGAGAGGGAAAAUUCUACCAAGGAUUGCUGCAGAAGUUGAAGAAAGUCCUAAGGUUUUUAUGGAUGAUUUUGUUUCCCUGGUAAAAACAACUUGUUCAAACCUGUCAAAGCUUUCUUCAAAAUUGGUGAAGGCAAAGGAUAUCUUCCCUGGAAAUGACUUGGUGAAAAAAGUUGAUGAAGUUUUAGGAAAGGUGGUAGCUAGGGAACCAUCAAUUCUAAGCCAAGAUGAAGAAUUCUUUGGCAGUGAGGAUUUCCUAAAUGCACUUGCACAAGCUGAGAAGAAUCUGAUGCAAGGGUCUGAAAAGCAAACAACUGAGAAGCAAAUGACUGGGAAGAAAUUAACCAAAAAGGGAAAGGAAAAAGAACAAGAAUAUGACAUCAGAAAAGCUUUCAGCUUGGGGUUGACUCCACCUUCUCCAGCCAUUGAAACAGGGCCCACCUUUUCAACACUUGGUGAUAUAAUUGAACAACCAAUAAUUUCAACAAAUGCUGGAGAAAAGGAUGUGGGUAAAACUUCAGCAGCUUCAGAACAAAGAAUUGAAGAAUUUUCUAGAACUGACGCAGCAACUGGUUCAAAAUUUGAUGCUGACACUAGGUCAGAUAAUGAAGGAUUGCCUAGAACAGAUGCAGGAUCUGGUUCAGUGGUUGAUGCUGACCCUAGGUCAGAUGGUGGUGAAAAAAGUGAUGAUCCAAAAAACACAGUUGGAGGUGGAAACAAAAACAAGGAAGAUGUUUUUGAAAAAACAAAAAAUGAUGAAAAAGUGGAGGGGUAAAAUCCUGAAGACAUGUCUUACUAUUAGGGUUAUGUAAUGGUGUAGGAUAAAAUAUCUAGAUGGAACAAUUUAACUUAUGUUACUAUCGUGUUGUAACUUGAAACUGGUGUU